AUGUUUUCAACAAGAUGCUUGGUUCUGCUAGCCUGCUCCUUGACUCUUCUACGGGGUGUCGUGGCUGUCCCGGCGGAUGUGGCGCUAGAGCAGCCCGGCCUUGAGGAUCGUCGUCGAGAGGAGCGUGACUUUGGACUGCAGGAGCGCCACGGCCAUCCUGAGCUUGAGAGCUCGCUCCUUUCUAUUCUAACCGAGAAGUUAGCUACGAAGACCGCCCCAGGAGGAGGAGGAGGAGGAGGUGCUACUACCGUCCCCGGUGAAGGUGGCGCUACUACCGUCCCUGGUGGAGGAGGUGGUACCACGGUCCCUGGGGAAGGUGGCGGUACUACCGUUCCUGGCGGAGGUACAGUUCCUGGCGGAGGUGGCGCUACUACCGCUCCUGGCGGAGGUACAGUCCCGGGCGGAGGUGGCCCCACUACCGCCCCUGGUGGAGGUACAGUCCCUGGCGGAGGCGGUGCUACUACCGUCCCUGGCGGAGGUGGCGGUACUACAGUGCCUGGCGGAGGAGGUGAGAAAUCUACUACAUUAUUUUCUGCAAGCACUAUUCUUACUCUCCCUGAUACUCAAGGCGGAACUUCACCCGGUGGAGGUACGACUGCUACUCCAACUGGGGGCACUGAAACUUCUCCCACUGGCGGUGCUACUACGACAACCGGACCUGCUCCUGGCGGCAAUACUUCUCCCACUACCAGUGAGCAGCCAAGCACCACUUCUCCCACGGGUGGCGGUGGUGUAUCUCCUUCCCCAUCUCCCAGUGUUACCACUGGAGGCGGAGUUCCACCGGUUUGCCCCACUCCUUCUACAUCUAGGGAAACGACAGUCGUCCCAGUGACGGUCACCUGUCCCGCCGUCGUCGUGAGCACCGCCACCACCACCGUCACCGUCACAUCUGGUCCGGCCUUGUCGGGACCAACAGGUUGUCCUUGCCCCACUGAAGGUCCUGGUGGAGGUCCUGGACCGGGUCCCGGAACAGGCACUACUGGAGGCCCUGGAGCAGGUACUAGCGAAGUGUCCCCAAGUGGCACUGCGACAGCUUCAACGACGACCACUAGCGAGGUCUCCCCAACUCACAGCGUGACAGCCCCAACGACCACCUCUAGCGAAGUCUCCUCAAGCCACAGCGUGACAGUCUCACCCACUAGAACCGGUACCCUGACUCGGACCCUGACCCAGACCCGGACAUCGACGCCCCUUGUACCAACUACUAGAUCCCGUACCACAGUCACCACCACUACACCAGGUACCCUCGUGACUUUGCCUACAACAUCACAUGUAGCUCCCGGAACACCAGCAACGCCACAGCAACCCCCCUCUUCACUAACACGAGUACUCCCUCGAAUGCCACGACGAGUGCAGUGA